AUGUUUGCCGCACAGCUCUAUCACAGCAACCGUAGCCAUCCAUCUCUCGCCGUCGUACUCUCCCUUGGGGCUCACGACGGGGCAGCUCUGGCGGCGUGCGUUGACUUGAAGAAACCUGCGUCCCGGUGCUCCAUUCACGGCGGCGGUUGCAUCAUCGUUCCCCAGCUCUCCGGACCUGCUCGCGGCCACACCUGCGCCUUUCUUGACCGCUCCAGUCUCGCGAUUCUGACGUCUGCUACUGCCCUGACAGCGGCCUGCACCACCCGCUAUUCACCCUCACCAUCGACGCCCUCGCCGCCCCGUCAACCGCGUGCGAAGGAAGAGCGCGCUUCCCGCUGUGCCCAAACACCCCGCCUACGCCAAUCAGGGGACCCAGUGCUGGGAUAG